AUGAGCAACGACAUCAGCCUCUCGAGGGCCUUGGGCGGCCUACGCAUUGCCAACCCGGACGACGCUACGACGGGCCUGGCCCGAGACGGCGACGACGACUCCGGUGCGCCCGUUCCGACCCAGCUCUCCGCUGAUUUCAGAGCAUCCGGUCCCGACUCGCGUGUCGACCAAGGCCGGCCCCAUGGGCCGGAACGGCCAAUGGGUACGGGUGGCAUGCCAGGCGACCAGCAGGGCCAACCCUCCGCGUAUACUCAGAAUGGGUCGUUGCCAUACCAAAACGCCCCUUCUGGCCGGCCCCCUUCUGGCCUGUACGGCACCACCACCGCCGCUGAGCGGGAUCAGGCUGCAAACUCUUACCAUAUUCUCAGAACAGAGCCCACAAGAGCACCGGCUUACCAUAUGCAAAGUAACCCCGACUCCAGAGCCCCUUCGGAGUAUACGCCAAGCAUCCCAUCUCGUGAGCCCAGCCACCGGGAGCGGUCGUAUAAUCCGAACCGACACCUCCAGGAUGCGCCCGCGUCCCAGAGUAGCGAGGAGUGGAAGGACCGGGGGGCAGCCGUGUCCGUACGGACGGAGGUAGAUGCGAACGGCAAGACGGUCAUGAGAUCGGUCAAGAAGGGUGUGCGGGAUUUCUCUUUUGGUAGAAUCUUAGGGGAGGGCUCGUACAGCACAGUAUACUUUGCCACGGACCGGCAAACACUCAAGGAGUACGCGAUAAAGGUUCUGGAGAAGAAGCACAUCAUCAAGGAGAGGAAGAUCAAGUACGUCAACAUUGAGAAGGACACCCUCAAUCGCCUGACGGAGCAUCCCGGUAUCGUACGCCUCUAUUACACGUUCCAGGACGAGAGCUCCCUCUACUAUGUCUUGGAUCUCUGCAACGGCGGCGAGCUCCUCGGCGUGCUGAAAAAGACGGGCACUUUCGACGUCGAGUGCACCAGGUUCUUCGGAGCCCAGAUCCUGGAUGCGAUCGAGUACAUGCAUUCCCGGGGGGUGAUCCAUAGAGAUCUAAAACCCGAGAACGUCCUCCUCGACGACCAACUACAUGUCAAGAUUACCGACUUCGGCACUGCAAGGUUGCUGAGCGAUCCGAGAGCGCCGCAGCCGACCCCGAGGCUCGAGGAUACGGGGACCAGCUCCCGGGGUAAGGAUCAAGAUGACAAUCGGGCCGCGUCCUUCGUGGGCACGGCUGAGUACGUGAGCCCCGAGCUCCUUACGAAUAAGAAUGCCUGCAAAGCAAGCGACCUGUGGGCCUUCGGCUGCAUCAUCUAUCAGCUCCUGGCCGGCCGGCCGCCUUUCAAGGCUGGGUCCGAGUACUUGACCUUUCAGAAAAUCGUCAACCUCGAAUACGAAUUCCCGGCUGGAUUUCCGCCGGCGGCAAGAGAUUUGGUCGAGCGGUGUCUGGUUCUCGAUCCCGCGAGGCGACUAACGAUCGAGCAUAUCAAGAACCACGAAUUUUUCGACGGGCAGCAGUUCGGUAAGAUUUUGUGGAGGACGAAGACGCCCCGAUUACGGCCAUACAGCGACGAGGGACACAGAAAAUUCUCUCGGUUCUUUGGCGGUAGCACGACGAAAAAGCGGCAAAGGCUAGUGAUGGUCACGUCUAGCGGAAGGAUCGUCCUGGCGCCGGCCGGAGGCGAAGAGAAGAAGGCGAAGUCGGAGAUCUCGCUUUUAACGCCGGACUGCUCGUGGAAAAGCCAGGUGGACGCGAAGGGGCAGACAGUAUGGUGUGUGGACUCGGCUGGUGUCCACUACACUUUCGAGGACGUCAAGCCCCCGUCUUCCCUCGAGCCGCCCCGAGCCACGCCGGACGAGUGGCUCGACAGUUUACAGCAGGCGCGGGACUUUGCCGUCUCCUUAAAUCUCACCCGCUCGUAUACGAGCGACAACGCGUUUGGCGAGAUGUCGUCGUCUAUGUCGAGCCCGGCGAGCACCUUCGGUCCCGACGCUUACAGCGUCAAUGACAGGUCUCAUCGCAACCACCUGAGCAAGAGCCAAGGCAGCCUGGAGGAUGCGACCAGUACGAAGCGCAACCGAUUUAGCAAGCGGCAAUCCAAGCAAGGGCAGACAGGCCCCAUGAUGUCGUCCGGCCCCCAUCACCAGGUGCCCUUGACCCAAACCCAGAUCGCGCAGCAGCAGCAGACCGCCGCCAUGCAAGUCGAGAUGGCGAAGCGCCGGAGUCGCAAGCCCACCGACAAGAACCUCCCCGAUAACGUCGACGACUGUACCGUCGGCGACAUGGCCACGAGGUAUCGCGAUCUUCGGGACUUUGAGCGGCGGCUGGACGCCACCAUGACGCGCAAGCGCCUGGAUAUUGUCGACUCAGUCAACCGGAGCGUCAAGCGGUGGAAAACCCUGCGAAUCUGGAUCACCAACACGGCCGAGGACCAAGUCUGGCAGGGUAACGGCCUCAACGUCGACACCUUCGAUUUCAGCUCCAACCUCGAGCCCAACUACCGCGUCAAGAUCGAGGGGCGGCUGCUGGACGACGACGACGACCUCGACCAGGACGACGAUAGCGAGGAUGCGAGGGGCAGGUCCGACGACCCCAACCGCAUGGACGAGGACCCGAAACCGAAGGCGGCUAGGGUGUCCAAGUACAGGUUCUCCCAUUUCUUCAAGGCCCUGAGCGUCGACUUCCCCAGCAACCGCAAGGGCAUCGACCCGCCCGUCGAAUGGAAGAAGCCCGAACGUGCCGGCCCUUCGUCGAACCUCUCCGCCGCGGCCGACUUCGACGAGCUCACGUUCAAGCGCAGCGGAGACGAGAAUAUUAAUAUUACUAUCCAUCUCUACCGCCACGAAGAGCCGGAGCGGUACGCUGUGACCCCAGAGCUCGAGGACAUCGUCGACAUGUCGGAGGCGACGCGCCAGGAGAUCGUGAUGGGCAUUUGGGAGUACAUCAAGCUGAUGGGGCUACAAGAGGACGAGGAGAAGCGCAAUUUCCGCUGCGACGACCUCCUGAGGAAGGCGUUUAAUAUCGAGACGGGCUCGAUUCCUAAACUACACGAAUACAUCACGCCGCAUCUGAAGCCUCUCCCGCCGGUUCGGCUACCGUACACCAUCCGGCUGGAUGAGGAUUUCCACAAGGACCCUCAGCCUACCGUUUACGACGUCCGCGUCGCCGUCGACGAUCCGCUGCGCGAGAAGAUGCUUUCGUUCCUCAGCAAUGCAGGCUACGCCAAUAUGCUCAAGGAAGUGGCCUCUCUCGACGACCAGCUAGCGAUCAUCGUUCAGGCGAUCCACGUAUCAAAGGCCAAGCACGCAUUCCUGAAAUCGAUGAGCGAGGAUCCGGCCACGUUCGUGAGGGAUUGGUUGAGCUCCCAGAAGCGGGACCUCGACGUGAUCAUGGGAGAAGCCAUGAGAGGCGAGGGCGAAGACGCGACGGGUGACGAGUGGAGGAAGGGUGGGAAAGAUAGCAUCUGGUCCACCAUCAACGCUCGCGAGAGCGUCACGGUCAUGCUGUCUAAGCAGCCGGCUCGCCCACAACGGUGA